AUGGACCAUCCACGGCAAGAAGCCUGGCACACAGAUCAGGACUCCAACAGCAAUCAUGACCCCACAACCUUGGGAUUGUGUCUACACCAGCUUCUCGAGAAAAUGGUUGAGAAAUACGGGCAGAAGACCGCCAUAGUCUGUGCAGACAAGACACUCACAUAUCGAGAACUUAACGCUCUCGCAAAUCGAUUUGCCCGAAAACUACUUCAGAGAGAAAUUAGAAAUGGCGACAUUGUCGGUGUGGCGUUGGACCGCUCUGUUGACCUCGUCCCGGUUUUCCUGGCGAUUUGGAAGACGGGCGCCGCUUACGUGCCUUUCGAUCCUGCACUUCCCCAAGAACGCAUCAAACAGAUCAUGGAAGACGCUUGCCCCAAACUUGUCAUUACAUGCGGAAGCACAGACGCGGCCUUUGCCUCUUGGGCAGACGUGUGCCUUGACAUUGAUGAUUCUCUACGCAUGAUGGAUCACGACUCCAACGGCACAAGGCAGGGAGACGUAACGCAGAGCGACGACCUCGCCUAUGUCAUGUACACUUCCGGGUCAACAGGUCGGCCCAAAGGGGUCGAGGUCACCCAUGGGAGCGUGUCAAACCUCUUGUUGUCGAUGAAGAGGGAACCCGGAUGUGACGAGUCAGAGAAGCUACUCGCUAUCACGACUAUAUCGUUCGACAUGGCUGUUUUGGAGUUGUUCCUACCACUGCUCUGCGGAGCGACGGUCGUUAUCGCACAAGGACCCGAGAUCAAAGACAUGGCCGCCCUUGUGGCUCUCAUGAAGCGCCACGAGAUCACCAUCAUGCAGGGCACACCAGCCAUCUGGCAGAUGUUGCUGGACUCAGGCUGGAAAGGUCAGCCGAGGCUUCGAAAGAUCUUUUGCGGCGGCGAGGCACUGUCGCGAAAGUUGGCGGACCGUCUCCUAGCCUGUGGUGACGUGCUUUGGAACAUGUACGGCCCGACUGAAGCGACUGUAUAUGGAAGCAUCUGGAAGGUAUCCUAUGGACAGGAUAUAAUUGUUGGAGGACCCAUAACAAACGGGCGUCUGUAUGUUCUCGAUGAGAACCAGGCACCAGUGCCACUCGGCCAGCCUGGCGAGCUGUAUAUUGGUGGUGCUGGUGUAGCACGGGGGUAUCGUAAUAUGAAGGAGCUCACCAACUCUCAAUUCCUCGACAAUCCGUUUCAUGGGGGUACAAUGUACCGCACUGGUGACCUCGCAUGCAUGGUCAGGCGGGGAGAGUUGAGCGUCAUUGGUCGGAUAGACGGACAGGUUAAGAUCCGAGGCCACAGGAUUGAGCUAGGUGACAUUGAAGCAGCCAUCAUCGAGCAUCAAAACAUAUCCGGAGCAGUUGUAAUUUCCUAUGAUGAACGGCUGGUGGCAUACUGCGUACUAAAAGCAAGUUCUGGCAAUGAGGCAGCCAAGACCAAGGCAGGCCUCGACCGUGAGCUACGGCCUUGGUUGGCCACAAAGAUCCCGUCUUAUAUGAUUCCGGCCUUUUUCGUUGUAAUGGAGGCAUUUCCGGUAACUAUCAACGGCAAGGUCGACCGCAAGGCCCUGCCGGAUCCUAUAACGGCAAUCAAGGAAAAGCCUGAUGCGAAACCGGUCACUGAAUUAGAGGAUCAAAUACUCGAUAUCUGGUCAAGAGCUUUAGAACAUGACCGCAUUGGUGUCAAUGACAGUUUCUUUGAAAUUGGGGGAGACUCUGUACGCAUUAUCAGGGUCCAGACAGAGCUCGAGAAACUCUUGGGGCGGUCAAUUGCAUCGCCCAAACUGUUUGAACACUAUACCAUCAAGUCGUUAGCGACGUACCUGUCGACUUCUGCAGGCUCGGCUGCGCCCAGAGACACUAAAACAUUGCACCAAGCGAGCACCACCGAAGACAUCGCCAUAGUUUCCAUGGCAUGCCGACUACCUGGCGGCAUUGCCAGUCCAGAGGACUUCUGGGAGCUCCUCGAGCGCGGUGGUGAUGCCAUUAGCGACGUCCCCGAGGACCGUUGGGGUGAAGACGCCUUUUCGAAGGGGAGCCUUGAGGCAAAAGACGAGUCCCAUUGUCGGCGAGGAGGGUUCAUUUCUUCAGUCAACUCUUUUGACUUAUCGUUAUUUGGCAUUUCGCCGCGGGAAGCACGCAGAUUGGACCCUUCGCAGUACAUGAUGCUGGAGACCUGCUGGGAAGGCUUUGAGCGCGCAGGAAUGACUGUGGAGAAGCUACGAGGCAGCCAGACUGGAGUAUUCAUCGGUACAAGCAACAUUCUCUCCCAUCAAUCUCUGAACCAAAUGGCCAUUCGAGACCUAUCAGACCUCGACGGGUACACAGUGACGGGGUCUGCAGGCGGUACCAUGUCUGGUCGUAUCGCCUAUCAACUGGGGUUGGAGGGUCCAGCAUUGACAAUAGACACCGCCUGCUCCUCCUCGCUAGUGACCACUCACUUGGCUUGCAAUGCGCUGCGUGGAGGCGAGUGUGAUAUAGCCGUAUCCGGUGGUAUCAGCCUCAUGCUCAACCCGGGCCUACAUAUAGAGUUCAGUCGACUGCAGGGAUUGUCGCCAGAUGGUCGUUGUCGGGCUUUUUCUGCUGACACUGAGGGAACUGGAUGGUCCGAAGGGUCUGCAGUUGUUAUUCUUAAGCGGCUAUCCGAUGCCCGGCGAGAUGGCAAUCGGGUACAUGCUGUGAUCCGCGGGACUGCCGUCAACCACGACGGGCGUAGUGCAAGUUUGACGGCGCCCAGUGGCCCAGCUCAGCAACGGCUUAUACAACGGGCGCUAGCUGCAGCCAGACUGAAGCCGGACGACAUCGACUACAUCGAGGCCCACGGCAUUGGUACAAAGCUGGGAGAUCCAAUCGAAGCCACGGCGUUGGCAGAAGUAUUUGGUGCCAGCCGUUCUAGUAUAGAGACUCUACUGAUCGGUUCUGCCAAGUCCAAUAUUGGCCACACCCAAGCAGCCGCAGGUCUUGUAGGUCUACUGAAAGUUGUAUUAGCCCUGCAGAACAACACCCUCCCAGAAUCUCUACACAUAGCCAAGCCUACACCGGCAGUGGAUUGGCAGCAUGCGAAUAUGACGCCGGUAUUGAGUAAAAGGUCAUGGACUUCGAUGGGUAACCGUCUGCGACGUGCUGGAAUUAGUGCAUUCGGCAUUGGGGGAACCAACGCUCACAUCAUUGUUGAAGAAUCGUCGGAGCCAAUGACGACUGCUGGUGACGCCAGGACAGUCGCUCAACUUGUCCCUCCUAUUAUGCCAUUCUGCCUCUCCGGUGAUACCGACGAAGCCCUACAGGUCCAGGCUGAACGGCUUCAUCAGCAUAUAAGCCGGGUGGGCCAAUUACGUUUGGAAGAUGUGUCCUACUCCUUAGCAACUACACGCAGUCACCUUCGAAAGCGACUCGUCUUGAUGGCUCAUAGCAAAGCUGAGUUGCUCGAGAAGCUGAGUUCCAUCAGACGCCCAGAAUCUUCGUUAGUGACUGCUAGCGAUGCCUCGGGGCCGCCGAGAAUGGCCAUGCUCUUCACAGGCCAAGGGAGCCAAUGGCUAGGUAUGGGCAAAGACCUAUGCGAGGUAUACCCGGUCUUUCGCGAUACGUUGAAGGAGGUCGCGGCACACUUUACGAAUCUGGAGUUCCCAUUGCUCAGUGUCAUGUGGGCCGAUUCUGAUACUAAGGAGGCCACAUUCUUGAAGCGUACUGAUUUCGCGCAGACUGCUCUCUUUGCUCUAGAAGUGGCGCUGUGGAGGCUGUGGGAAAGUUUGGGGGUGCGACCCGAGUUUGUGCUCGGCCAUAGCCUGGGCGAGCUUGUCGCUGCUCACGUAGCUGGCGUUUUUGAUCUUGUCGAUGCUUGUCGACUAGUUGCAGCUCGCAGCAGGCUGAUGCAAGCUCAGGCUGGCGAUACUCGAAUGGUAUCGCUUGGCGCGACUGCUGCAGAAGUUGCGCUAGCCAUAAAAGACCUAGGGCACGAUGCUACAGUCGAUAUUGCUCUCUACAACACACCGCAACAGACGGUAAUCUCUGGGAAAAGUGAUGCCGUGGGAAGCAUUUCAGACCACUUCUCUAGACAAGGGCGCAAGACAAAGACUGUCAUCAGCAGUCUCAGCGGCUCAGUGGUUAGGGCAGGCCAGAUCGACCAAGCAGAGUAUUGGGUCCGGCAAGUGCGUGAGCCAGUUCGCUUCAGUGACAGCAUCCGAUCUUUGAGUCAGCAUGGCGUUGACGUAUUCCUGGAGGUCGGACCGCGGCCCAUACUUUGCGGCAUGGGUGCAGAGUGCCUUCGAGAUGAGGGUAGAAGCGCAUCUUUCGCAUGGACGCCGUCUCUUAUGCCCCACAUAGACGGCGUGCGGGUUCUCCAGCGCAGCAUUGCGGACUUGCAUAUGCGACACGUUCCAAUCGAUUGGACAGCCUACUUCGAGCCAUUCACUUGUCAGCGCAUAGAUUUGCCUACAUACGCCUUCCAGCGGCAUUACGAUGCUCGUAGAGACGUACAUGACGACCAUUUCCCCAGGAAUGUCAACAAUGCCACCAGACAUGCUCCCACUGGAGGCCAAGAUCAACUCCGUUUCGAGAUAACAUGGCACCCAGCGAGAGCUGAGGAUAUCACUACCGGAAAAACCUGGGGAUUGUUAGCUACAGCAAGCAACCUGGAAAAGGCAGGGCACUUGAGAGCUCUUGUCACACGAACUGGGAAUCAACUGGUAGAUGUUCAUCAACUCAAAGAUGCCGAAAAUCUGGAUGGCCUAAUUUGUCUAUGGGACUCUGAUGAAGACGUGCUAUCGCAGGCACAAGGCCAUGUCGCCAAGGCGCUGGCUCAACUGCAGACGGCAGCCCAGAUUCAAUUCACGCCCCCACUCAUCUGGGUCACUCGCCGUGCAAUAGGUACUGGCACCGAACCCGAUGAUCAGAAUAUGAAUCUCGGAGCAGCGCCUCUAUGGGGCCUGAUGCGUACUGCCAGAAGUGAGCACCCCGACUUGCGCUUGCGGCUGGUAGAUCUAGGCGAGGAAAUGGACACCUGCGUCGCCUUGGCGCUCUUGUUCAGUGCCGAGCCAGAAUGUGCCAUACGUCAGGGUCAGGUGCUUGCGCCGCGAAUGGAGCGCGUGAGGCCGCUAUUGAAUUCUCUACCCGAGAAACGACUCAUCCGACAAGACGGCGCAGUGCUGAUAACAGGAGGACUCGGCCAGCUUGGUGCGCAUGUAGCCCGCUGGCUGGCGACUAACCAUGGUGUUCGCGAUAUGGUACUGACAUCACGCCGUGGCAUGGAGGCGCCUGGCGCAGAGAAUCUAGUAAAUGAGCUGGCCGCUUCCGGUGUCAAAGUCACUGUGCUUUCCAGCGAUAUAGCCGAUCCAAUGAGCAUCAAGUCAGUCAUGGCCAUGUUUAGCAAAGACCGACCGUUGCGUGGCGUUGUCCAUGCAGCUGGUGUAGCAGACUCGGGCGUUCUCUUGGCCAUGACGCCGGAACGGUGCGCAACGACGCUUGGUCCGAAAGUGUAUGGAGCUUGGCUUUUACACCAGGCCACUUUCGACAUGGAUCUUGACGCGUUCAUGAUGUUCUCUUCUAUUUCUGGGGUAAUGGGCUUGUCCGGGCUUGCCAAUUACGCGGCUGCAAAUUCCUUUCUUGACGCUCUCGCGUAUCUUCGGCGCGCUCAAGGCUUGCCCGCCACCUCGGUGGCAUAUGGUACAUGGUCGGGCGAUGGCAUGGCAUCGAGACUAAGCAGCAACACAGUCUCCCAUCUCGCUCAAUUCGGUCUUGAUGCUCUGACGCCUGUGGAGGGGCUGGGUCUGCUUGAAGAGGCUGUUGUUAGCACCCGUGCAUUGACUGUGGCAGCGGCUCUUGAUUUGGGGCGACUUCGAAGUGCCGUCGAGGAACAAGGGGGCAUACCCCCGUUGCUUUUCUUACUCCUGGCUCAUGAACGCGCACAGGCUUCUCAGGGUUGGGACCUAUUAAUAAUCCUGAAUGAAAGUGAGCAAGAACAGCAUGCCGGCAUCUUGCUUAGCAUGGUUCGAGAAGUAGUUGCCAAGGCGUUGGGUUUCACACACCCACUUGAUGUGGACGUUGACAGGCCUUUGCAAGAGAUUGGCAUUGACUCUCUGACCGCUGUCCAGAUGCGCAACCACUUGUCCAAGCUGACAGGGCUGACUCUCUCCGUCAAUAUCGCGAUCCUUCAUCCAAAUCUCAGGAUGCUCAGCCAAUUCCUAUUAACGCACCUACAGGAGACGGAGACAUCUUCCAGUUCGGCCGUAUCGAGCAGUGAUACUUCGGCCACUACGAUAUUGGACCUUCCUUGUCUAGAUGAUGCAGCAAUUCGUAGAGGCUGUCUCGACAGCAGCUUCACGUUUGAUAAUGUCUCUCGGGAUCCAACCAGAUGCAACACCCGUCCCAAGUCCAUUUUCCUCACAGGUGCAACAGGUUUUGUCGGUGCCUUCAUCUUGCAUGAGCUGGUCAAGCAAGGAAUAACUACGUACUGUUUAGUGCGCGCUGACGAUUUGGAUAAGGCGCAGGAGAGAAUCACGACUGCUCUGCAAGACCAUGGCUUGUGGGAACCCGAGUUUUCUACGAUGAUCAAUGCAGUUGUCGGUGACUUGUCUCAACCGCUCCUCGGCCUGACCAAGGAACUUUUCAAUCAGUUGGCCGACAGUGUGGAUGCUAUAUGUCACUCCGGUGCCCUGGUGGACUGGAUGCGACCUUUGGACCAGUAUGUCGGUCCAAAUAUGGUCAGCACUCACGAGAUUCUGCGUCUGGCAUCCUACGGCUGCGCCAAAGCAGUCCACCUUGUCUCGACUAUAUCCACAUUGCCCAUCCAUCUGGGUUUAGGCCUGACCGAGCAAGACCAGGAAUUCGGCUACGGGACAUCCAAGUACAUUGCCGAGAGGCUGGUAACUGCGGCUCGAUGGCGAGGGGCUAGGACAACCAUCUACCGACUCCCAUACGUGACGGCAUCUACCACAACUGGACGGUUCCGGCUCGAUCGAGGCGACUUUCUACACAACUUGAUUUCAGGCAGUCUGGAGAUGGGCGCAUUUCCGUCGUUAGAUGCUGACGUGUCGUCCGUCUUGCCUAUCGACUAUCUAAGUAAGACCAUCACGGCGGUGAUGACCCAAGACUUGCACCGAAUGGACCGUGAUUUUGACUUUUUGAAUGCGCGUGCUCAGACCUGUAAUGAGUUCUUCAAGAUGCUAAGUUCGGUCAGUGGCGGGAAGGAGAUCGUCGCCUUCAAUACGUGGAAGCAACAGGCACUAAGCCAUGCUCUGGCACACCCGGCUGGGUCCUUAGCCCGCAUUGCCGCGGUCUUUGACAGCUACACGGACGAAACAGCUCCCGGAAUGUUCAAGGGCUUGAAGGUCGGAGAGCAUGUACUUGGAGGAAAGGAAUAUCCUGCACCGAUACUCGGCGAGCACUUCAUUCGGGCAUACCUACACCACAUGGAUAUCAAAACCGUAGGAGUUUGA